AAUCUGGGACAUGCGAAGCCAUAGCGACGCAACAGACCUAAAAAUGUUGUGAUGUACCUGAGGAUCAAGCGAGCAACCACGUUGGUGGCUGUGGCUGUGAGGAGGAGAAGCAUAAUUACGCUGAGCAAAGAAGAACUUGCCAAAGAAUCGGACGUGUUGGAGUUUCUCGAUAGCUUACACAAGGGGAAGCUCUCGCGGAACGAAGCAAACUACGCACAGGCUCUACACGCGUGUACCAAGCUCAAAGCUCUAGACUUGGGCCGGCAAGUGCAUCUCGAGAUACAGAGAAGUGGACUCGAAGAGAAUUUGCAGCUGGGGAAUCACGUCAUCAACAUGUAUGCCAAGUGUGGAAGCCUGGCAGAAGCUCGGGCUUUCUUUGACAAGCUAAGUCCCGAGAGACGGAACGUUUUCACUUGGACGGCGGUUAUGUCAGCAUAUGCCCAAACGGGACACUGCAAGGAGACUGUGAAGCUGCUGGGUUUGAUGCUGCUCGAGGCUGCCGUGAGGCCGGACAGGGUGGUCUUCAUCAUAAUGCUCGAAAGUUGCUCCGGUACUGAAGAUCUUCCAGAGGGUCGGAUGAUCCACCGUUUGGCCGUCGAGUGCGGGCUUGUCUCACAAGUUAUGGUCGCCAACGCUCUCAUCAACAUGUACCGCAAGUGUGGGAGCCCGGUGCUUGCUCUUCAGACUUUUCAGUCGAUCGAGGCCCCCAAUAUCAUCUCCUGGACGUCGGCAAUCGAGGCACAGUCACAAAACUUCUGCGGUGGGCAGGCACUACACUUGUUCCACCGCAUGCAGCUCGAAGGAGUGAGGCCCAACCUCAUCACCUUUGCAGUGGUUCUAGAGGCUUGCGACUCUUCCAGGUUCUUGGACGAUGCCAGGCUACUACACAGGUUGGCUAUGGAGAAUGGCUUUGACGGGGACUCGGUCGUCGGCACCAUUCUCGUUCGUACUUACGUCCUGUGCAAAAGCUUGGACGACGCUCGAAGAACUUUCGAUGGCUUGAAGCUCAAGAGUUUGGUCUCGUGGACGGCAAUGAUCCAGGCGUAUGCUGAGAAGGGACUAGACAAGGAAGCAUUCUAUUUGUACCGUGGAAUGAGACAGGAAGGUCUACAACCGGAUCGAGUAAGCUAUCUUCUCAUGCUAGGCACUUGCGACCGUCCAGAGAAGCUGGAAGUUGGAAAGAGGAUCCACUCUGAGCUAGCAGCAGGAGGUUUUCAGAGGGAUACCGCCGUGCAAAUCGCUCUGGUGACUAUGUAUGGUCGGUGCGGGGAUUUAGAGGCGUCAGCUUCGGUGUUCUCGACGAUCGAAAGAAGCUGUGACGACGAGAUCUCCUGGAACGCCAUGCUUGGAGCGUAUGGCCAGAACGGACACCCGGACGAGGCAUUUGCUCUCUUCCGCAAGUUCAUGCUCUUGGGACUCAAGCCCAGCAGGCCCAGCUUCCUCACCAUCCUCGGCCUCUGCGAGCGUCUACACACUGCCAGGACUCUCCACGAGAACAUCGUGGAGAGUGGACUAGAGCACGAGUUCACCAUCCAGACGGCUCUCAUCAGCUGCUAUGGCAAGUGCGGGGGGCUGGACGACGCAAAAAAAAUCUUCGACGGCAUGGAGGAGUGGAACCAGGCGUCGUGCAACGCGAUGAUGGCAGCGUUUUCUCAGCGGGGGCAGUGCGGCCGAGCGAUGGAGCUCCUCCGGAGGAUGCUACUAGCAGGAGUGAAGCCGACGGAGUCGACGCUAGUGGCAGCUCUCGACGCCUGCGCCGCCGCCAGCUCCGCCGCCCAUGGCCGGCACGUCCACUCGCUCAUCGAUCAGGCAAAGCAGCUGGAGACCAACGUGGUGCUCGGGAACGCUCUGGCGCAGAUGUAUGGAAAGUGUGGGAGGCUGGAGGAGGCUUGCGAGGUGUUCCACCGGGUGUGGAGCCACGACGUGGUGUCCUGGACGGGGAUUGUCGAGACACACGCGAGGUAUGGCCGGGGUGGCGAGGCUUUGCUCCUCUUCUACAAGAUGCAGCAGGAUGGAAGCCGGCCAAACAACAUCAGCUUUACGUGCAUCCUCUCGGCUUGCAGCCACGCCGGGCUCGUUCGCGAAGGCUGCCAGUUGUUUGAGUCGCUGGUGAGAGACCAUGGUUUGGUUCCCUCGGAGCUCAACUUCGGGUGCUUGGUUGAUCUGCUGGGACGUGCUGGGAGACUGGAUUUGGCCGAGGGGUGCUUGAGCAGGGUGGCUCUUGACAGGAACUUGAGGAUGGUUUUGCUGGGGGCUUGUAGGAAUCAGGGUGAUGUGGAGAGAGGGAGGAGGGUUGUGGGGGAUGUGUUUGCUGCCAAGGAUUCGAGCUCGGAAGCUGGCUAUGUUCUUCUUUCGAAUUUGUAUGCUGCUUCUACGAAGAAAUGAUUUUAGAAGUGUUUGUUUAAAUAAUAUUAUUAAGGCCAGUGACAUCGUCCACGUAGUACUUCACCCAAGUAUAAAAUGUAUUUUUAAGUCA